GCGCACACUCCCCCGCGGCCGCGCCCCCGAUCUCGCCGGGCCGGUGGCCCUCGCCGCCGGCGACACCCACCGCCCAAUCGCCCACGCCCGGGGGGCGAUGGAGGCGGCCUUCGACGCCUACUUCCGCGCCGCAGAUCUGGACCGCGACGGCCGGAUCAGCGGCCAGGAGGCCGUCGCCUUCUUCAAGGGCUCCGGCCUGCCCCAGCCCGUCCUCGCGCAGAUUUGGACGUAUGCUGAUAAAAACCGGUCUGGUUUUCUUGGGCGUGAAGACUUCUUCAAUGCACUCAAACUUGUCACAGUAGCUCAGAGCGGCCGAGAAUUGACACCUGAUAUUGUUAGAUCAGCAUUAUUCGGCCCAGCUGCUGCGAAAAUCCCUGCUCCUCGGAUAAAUGUUUCUACAGCUGCUCCUCAGGCAAGUAGCGUAGCUAACCUCCCGAAUGCCACUCAAGCACCAGGUCCUGUUCAGCAGACUCCUGUCGUAAGAGGGACACAAGGGCUUCCUGGUAUAUCGUCAAAUCCACAAGUCAGGCCACCACAACCUCCAAAUGCAAACACUGCGCCCCCUGCUCAUGGUCAGGGAGUUGCCUCAAGGCCACCCGUAGGAAGUGGUCCCACUGGGAUAAACCAUACUAGCUCAACCACACCAAGUCUAGCAACUGAUUGGUUCAGUGGUAAGAGAAGUGCAAGUCCGUUGGGUGCAACUUCACAAACUCCAACAAGAGGUAUUUCUCCACAGGCCAACCUUAGCAGUGCGGGAAUCUCAGUGCAGAAUUCAGCUCCUGUACCAGGCUACAAUUCUCAUACACCAGGUGUCAAUGCAAUUUCAACAAAUUUGAACGUGAUGUCUUCCCAACCAUCAGUCAAUGACUCCAAGGCGUUGGUGCCAUUGGGUAAUGGAUUGUCGUCAAACUCAACUUUUGGUGCUGACCCUUUCUCUGCAACUCCACGACCAGAACAGGGUUCACCUUUUCCCCCCAACGUUCCAAACAAUCUGCUCAGCUCUACCCCUCCUGCCUCAGCUGCUGGACAUCAUCACCCUCCUAAGCCAAUGCAGGCUGGUCCUGUGCAGAGUAUAUCCUCGCUUUCUCCUCAUACUAGCCAGUUGCCACACAAUCAGCCACCUCCGAGGCAACAACAAUUUAAUGCUACACCAAGUGCUCCAGGACCAGUGAGUUCAAAUAUUCCCACUGGACAAAUUCCUUCAAGCCCAAGCCAGCCUCAGGCACCAUGGCCGAAAAUCACUCAAGUAGAUGUCAGAAAAUACAUGAUUGUAUUUAUCAAGGUAGACAGGGAUCGUGAUGGGAAAAUCACUGGUGAAGAGGCAAGGAAUCUAUUUUUAAGUUGGAGGCUUCCAAGAGAUGUCUUAAGGAAGGUGUGGGAUUUGUCCGACCAGGAUAAGGAUGGGAUGCUAUCUUUCAAGGAAUUUUGUAUUGCUGUGUACUUAAUGGAGAGACAUCGAGAGCACCGUCCUCUUCCUGACACAGUAACAGAUGCUAUUUGGGCUGAGGGCACCGCACUACCCUCUACUGGACAGUUUGCAGAAAAUCCUAGUGCCCCCGCUCCUCAAGCAAGUGCCGGAUAUACAAGUAGAACAAUGCAAGGACCACAUCAUGGGAUGCUUCCCUCAUCCAUGAAGCCACCAUCUCGGAGGCCUCUUCCUUUAGAUGCUGACGAUACUAUUAAGCCAGAGCAACAAAAGCCAAAGGUCCCUGUCUUGGAGGAACAUCUAGUUGGCCAACUAAGCAAGGAGGAACAAGAUACACUGGAUGCAAAGUUUAAUGAAGCUUCAGUCGCUGAUAAGAAAGUCCAAGAGUUGGAGAAGGAGAUCCUUGAUUCUAGAGAGAAGACCGAGUUUUAUCGCACGAAGAUGCAGGAGCUUAUUCUUUACAAAAGUAGGUGCGACAAUAGGUUUAAUGAAGUCUCAGAAAGUAUGUCUGCUGAUAAACGUGAGGUCCAAUCUCUUUCUGCAAAAUAUGAUGAGAGAUGCAAGAAGGUUGGAGAUGUGGCAUCAAAGCUAACAAUGGAUGAGGCUACUUUCCGUGAGAUCCAGGAGAAGAAGUUGGAAAUUUAUAACGCCAUAGUUAAGCUGCAAAAAGGGGAUGAUAGCGAUGAGAAGUUUCAGGAGCGGGCUAAUAAGAUACAGUCAGAUCUUGAGGAGCUUGUGAAAUCAUUGAAUGAGCAAUGCAAGAGAUAUGGGUUGAGAGCUAAGCCAACUACUUUAGUGGAGCUUCCUUUUGGUUGGCAACCUGGAAUUCAAGAGACAGCUUAUGCAUGGGAUGAAGAAUGGGAUAAUUUUGGAGAUGAAGGAUUCUCUAUAAUAAAGGAACUAACAGUUGAAGUGGAGCCUCCCGUUGUAGCAAAGAGUCAGCCUACUGAGGAUGUUAAAGCAUCUUCAAAUGGGGCAUCAACAGAAAAAGAAGACAACAAGGGUGAUAAAUCUGCUGCUGCUGUGGAGCAGGUUGUCAAACCUGAAACAGCACCUUCGAAUAUCAAACCAGAGUCAGCAAAAAGUCCUCCAGUUAGUCCUGUCAAGAACAAAGAGGAUGGUCCCGAUGAACAUGAUAAAAAGCAAUCUGGAACAAAUGAUGUCUCACCACGUGAGAGUAUCAGCAACCGUGGAGCAAUGGAUUCCCCUACUCAUGGAGAUAAAACCCAUGAUGGACACUCAUGGGGCAUGGAUAAUGACUCCCUAUGGAACUUUGAUCAUAAGGAGGGUGAGAAUGGUGAUUCAGAUCUCUUCUUUGGGCCACAAGGCCUUCCCCCGAUAAGAACUGGAGGUUCCUCAUCUGGUAAUUCAGUUGUCAAGGAACAGAAGCCGUUCUUUGAUUCUGUUCCUGGUACCCCAGUGGAGAAAUCCGUCUUUGAUUCCAUCCCAGGCACGCCAUUUCAGAAAUCCGUCUUUGAUUCUAUCCCAGGCACGCCAGUUCAGAAAUCCGUGUUUGAUUACUCUGUCCCUAGCACACCGAUGCAGAACUCAGUCUUUGAUUAUUCUGUCCCAAGCACGCCGAUGCAGAAGUCACUCUUUGAUUCUGUCCCUGGUACACCGGUGCAGAGAUCAGUUUUCGAUUCUGUUCCGAGCACACCAAUGCAGAGAUCAGUUUUUGACUCUGUUCCGAGCACGCCGACGCAGAAACCAUUCUUCGACUCCUUUCCAAGCACACCAAUGCAGAGAUCACUGUUCGAUUCUGGGCCAAGCAGAGCAGAAUCUCCUACCGCCAGCAGCAUGUAUGGCAAAGAGCAGAAGGGAUUCUUCGAUUCUUCAGUCCCGAGUACUCCAAUGUACAACUCAAGCUUCACGCCAAGGUAUAGCGAAGCAGGAGACGAUUCAUUCGACACCAUGUCCCAAUACAGCUCAUUUGGCAUGCACGAGAGCAAUUCCUUUGGACAGCGCGACAGCUUAUCGAGAUUCGAUUCUUUCAGCAGCAAUGCUGACAACGGUGGGAAUGACACUUUUGCGAGGUUUGAUUCUUUCCGCAGCACUUCAGAUCAGGGUGGGGGCAACAGCUUCAUGAGGUACGAUUCCAUGAACAGCAGCAGCGACCAUGACGGGAUCGGCACGUUUGCGAGGUUUGAUUCGAUGAAGAGCAGUAACUACAACAGCCGGGGCUACUCGUUCGACGACGAGGACCCCUUUGGGACAGGGCCGUUUAAAUCGACAGAGACCACGAGCCACAGCCCGACAAAACAUGGGACGGACACAUGGAGCGCGUUUUGACAGGCAGGGGCUGUAUCAUAUAUUCAAUAGAGGUCAUGCGCUUGUGCACCUUACUGCAGAUAUAUACACACGUACAGGGGCAAGACAAUUUUUUGUUGUGUGCAUGGGCCUCUGCUCCAACACACCUGGGGAAGGGGAAGGGAUGGGACGGGGAUUUGCUUGUGUGCUUGCUUUGUGUUUAAUUUUGUACGUAGGCUGGGAACAUGUGUUUGGUGGGAUGAUGAUGAUGAUGCUGCUGCUGCUGCUUAUAAACUCAACAUUCUUUAUACCUUGUAUUGUACAAGUGCAUGUACAAGAUGUGAGUCGACCCGUUUGGGUUGAGU